GAAAAGAGGAAAAGGGUGAGAGUCUGAUCGUUGGUUGCCACCAACAUCAAAGAAGUCUUUGCUAUCGAACAAAGUCAAAGUAGCCCCUUUCUCAUGGAUCAAAGACCGCCCCCAUCCAUGACUCUCUCAACCUAGGGUUUCAUUCCUUCCCAAUUGCAACCCCUGCGUUGCAAACACAGUAUACCACCAUGUCUCUCUUCUCUUUCUUAGGGUUUCUGUGCAUUCUAGGGUUAGGAUUUGGUUUCGAUCAUGGCCAUGCCUUCAAGGUUCCUUUCAGAGUUAAGGAUAUGCUUCCCGUUCUUCCACGUCAGAUUUCCUGGCCAGUCCUUAAUAAUCUUCAUAGUGCCGUUGAUUUGUUGCCGGCUUUUGUUGGAUCGGUGACUCCCGGCAAUGGCUCUAUUGAGUGGAAAGGUGCUUGUUUUUACGGCAACCAAGCUCGGCUCCAGUUUACCAGCGGCGACAGAGGUCUGGGUGGUGGCGUUCUUUAUCUCACGACAGCUGAAGCUCACAGUUGGACCUGUAUGGAUCUAUAUGUUUUUGCAACACCAUACCGUGUUACGUGGGACUACUACUUUUCUGCUCGAGAGCAUAAAUUAGAAAUUGAAUCAUGGGAAGAACCUGCAGAAUUGGAAUAUGUAAAGCAGCAUGGCAUCUCUGUAUUUCUCAUGCCAUCAGGGAUGCUGGGGACCUUGCUUUCUUUAAUAGACGUCUUACCUCUAUUUUCUAACACGGCCUGGGGUCAGAGUGCCAACUUAGAUUUUCUGAAGAAUCACAUGGGUGCAACAUUUGAAAAACGUCCUCAGCCUUGGCGGGUAACUAUCAAUCCAGAGGAUGUGCAUUCUGGUGACUUUUUAGCAGUGUCAAAGAUACGUGGUCGGUGGGGUGGAUUUGAGACCUUAGAAAAAUGGGUAACAGGUGCAUUUGCUGGUCAUACAGCAGUUUGCUUGAAGGAUGAAGAGGGUAAUCUUUGGGUUGGUGAGUCGGGGCACGAGAACGAAAAGGGAGAAGAAAUUAUAGUGGUAAUGCCCUGGGAUGAAUGGUGGGAAUUGUCACUUAAGGAUAACUCUAACCCACAAAUAGCUUUGCUUCCCUUACAUCCAGACUUGCGUGCAAAAUUUAAUGCCACUGCAGCAUGGGAGUAUGCUCGGAGCAUGGCAGGCAAGCCGUAUGGUUAUCACAAUAUGAUAUUCAGUUGGAUUGAUACUAUAGCAGACAACUAUCCACCUCCUCUUGAUGCUCACUUGGUCAUUUCUGUCAUGUCUAUGUGGACUAGAAUGCAGCCAGCAUAUGCUGAAAAUAUGUGGAAUGAAGCUCUGAAUAAGAGGCUUGAGACCGAGGAUUUGGACUUGCUUGGAAUUCUUGCUGAAACAGAAAAGCGUGGCUUGACCUUUGAUCAACUACUUACUAUUCCAGAACAAGAUGAAUGGGUAUACAGUGAUGGGAAAUCAACAACAUGUGUUGCCUUUAUCCUGGAAAUGUAUAAAGAGGCAGGAAUCUUUGGUCCCGCUUCUAGCUCUAUUCAAGUAACUGAGUUCACUAUUCGUGAUGCAUAUAUGCUUAAAAUCUUUGAGAACAACCAAUCACGUCUGCCAAGUUGGUGUGGUGAUGAAGAUGGUCGGCUCCAGUUCUGCCAGAUCCUUGGUGAGUAUCGGAUGGAAUUGCCCCAGUAUAACACCAUAGAACCAUAUGCCCACAUGAAUGAGAACUGCCCCUCCUUACCUCCAACUUAUGAGAGGCCUGUGGGAUGUUAAUGUUCAACCCAAGUCUAGAGCCUUUUCAGAUAUCCUCAACGAAGUUGUGCUGCUGUCCAAGUUUGUAGUAUGUCAUUUACCAAAUUAAAAAGUGUUUACUAAGUUAAAAGAUGUUCUUCCAAACGAUCAUAUAACAUAUGUAAGCACUUGGUGCUCUUCCCUCAUAAUUCAGUGCCUGUAUAUAUUUAGUGUUCAAGUGAAGAAAAUGGUUAUGGUUUAGUCAA